AUGGUAUCAGAUUCAGCUAUAGUUGAAGACUAUGCUCUUAGCUUAAAUGAGUUGACUUUCAACUCCCGUCCGAUAAUCGAAAACUUGACUACAAUAGCGCAAGAAAAUACCAAUGUUGCAGAUGGAAUAAUGAAUGCCAUAACUACAAGAAUUCUUAAAUGUAUCCCUGAACACAAAUUGUUUGCUUUAUAUUUAUUGGACUCAGUUUGUAAAUAUGGCGGCGAGCCUUAUAAUAUCUUGGUUGGGGACGAUAUUUUUAAGUUAUUUAGUCAUGUAUUUAUGUUAGUUAAUGAACAGACAAGACAAAAACUUAUCAAAAUCUUUGAGAUCUGGAAAAUCACAAAAAGCAAGGGCUCUGAUAGUCCCUUGUUUCCUAAAAGUCAAUUGGAUAAGAUACAAAAUUUCUUAAAUCAGGCAGGUUACUCAAAUAAUACUAAUAACUUGACCAAAAUAUCGUUGAUUGAUGACAUAAACACUUUGAUCCCAAUAUUUCAGAAAAAACUUGUUCAUAGCAAUGAUCCUAAGCUUAAAGAUCGAUUUAAAGCAUUAAACCAACUAAGAGACCUAUUAAUAAGCCAGCCCAUGAGAGCUAAUGAAUUACAAGCUGUUCAACAGCAACUAAAUGCUAUAAAGCAACAGGAGCUAAACAAUAAUACGAUAGUACCGUCUUCUGUUGCAGCACCUAGUCCAGUACAUUUACCCCCUAUACCACCUAAACCCGUCAGUAAUAAAGCUAAUGAGGUGUUCCCGAUUUUGAUUGCAUCCGGAUUGGUUAAGGUAGAUCAAUCUUUGAUAGCUGGUUCCAGGCCUACAUAUGAACUAGUUUUCCCGAAAGUCAAAUUUGAGCCGCCAAGUAAUCAGCUACCUUCUACGAACGAUUUACAAGAUAUUUUAGUUAAUUCUACCCUAAUUAAUAAUGGAAUCCCACGGUCCGCUUAUGAACAAAGUAAAGUCGAAGAAUUGGCAAAAAUACAGGUUCAAAGCAGCAAGGAUCUUCAGUCUUUUGUUAGUAACAAUGUACCUGCUAGCUCGCUUUCUUUAUUAUAUGAUAAAAAACCUUCUAAAUGUGGCAUAUGUGGUAAGAGAUUCACAACAGAUGAAAUGGGUGCCACAAGGAAGAGAUUGCAUUUAGACUGGCACUUUAGGGUUAAUAAAAAAUUAUCUAGCAAUUCCUCUAAUGUUCAAGCAAGAAAUUGGUACUUGGAUGAUUACGAUUGGGUGAAGUUCAAAGAUGAGAAUCUCUUGGAAUAUUCAACAACCGUAUCCAAGAAUACAGGUCAGGAUUCGAUAGCUAAACAAACCGAAAAUAGUCCUAGGCCAUAUGUUAUCGUAUCAUCUUCUGAAACAAACAUGGUAAAUCAAUGUCAAAUUUGUCGUGAACAAGUUAAGGCUACUUACAAUGAUGAACUUGGGGAGUGGUGCUGGCUUGAUUGUAUUAGAGCUCCUGGAGAAAAUAAAAAUAGUCGUAAAAUUUUCCACGCUAGUUGCUUUAAUGAAGCUAAUAGGAAGAGAAGCGCUGAUAAUGACUUACAUUCGUCCCUCAAGAGGGAAAAAACAUAA